UUCUAAAGAGAGCUCAGUGGAGUUUUUUUUUUUCUCUGUCGUUUCUCACCGCAGAUUUAUUAAAUUAACGGACUGACACACCGGAGCGCCGUGUGUAGCACUUCCGGUGUGUGGAGUUAGUUAGAGUGAGCGCGCGGGGAGCGGCUCAGCUAACGGACAUGGUGAGUCUUUUCUGCUUCUCUCUUUCCUUUUCUGUUGGUCCAGAGUCGGUGCUCAGAGUCUGGCGCGGUGGUCGGUGGGGUUUGCUGCUGACCGGGGCUUACCGGGGCUCCCUUUUUCCACAGAGAUUUACUUCAGUGUGUGUGUGUGUGUGUGUGUGUGUGUGUGUGUGUGUGUGUGUGUGUGUGUGUGUAACAUCAAUUAUCGGUUAGUGCUUAUGACGUCACCCACCGGCGCUUUGUCGUCAUGUAAAGGUGUGCAGAGGCUCGGUCCGCCAAAAUCUUAAAUUCACAGUUUUCUCUCUGAGGUUUGGUUCAGACUCCAGCAGACCAUCAGUGAGUGGAUAGGAGGACUCAAUUUGACAUUGAUAACGUUAAUGCCUGAUGUUGUUACGUCUCAUCAGCUGAGAAAUGUUUGUUUAAUACAGAGUAUCCCUAACUUUUGAACCUUUUAACUUUAACACUAAAACACUAUCACUAAAACCAGUAACACCAUCACUGUCGCCUACUUUACCCUUUAUCACUAUUGCCGGGUGAAAAUCACCCGAACACGUGCCUGUAGAAAAAGAGGGUUUUGAAUCUGGGAAACAAAUAAGCCUUCAAAGAUGUCAAAGGCAAUGCUGAAGUUACCUAGGGACCCAUGAUACUGAGACAAAUGCAACAUAAUGAAAGUCACAUAAACAUGUUUGGUAGCUUGAAAAUCGCCCAUCGAUAGUGUUCUAGGGUUAAAAAUAACAGCGCAUGAGUCUGUUGAAGCCAACUGUCCCUGGAAGUGGUUACAAAUAGCUCAGAGCCUAUCAUAUACUAUGUUCCUUAAAGCCUAUUGCUUGAAAAUCAUUGGUGGAGGAAGUAAACUACAUAUUUGUCAUUGUAGCCUACUGUCAACUUUUCAUAAGCUCAACAGCAGACACCUCCCCUUUUCACCCAUUUUUCACAGGGCAUUUCCUAGAUAUUUUUUUUCUAGAGAUUGAGAGAAAGUUACUGUAGUAGUGGCUGUAACAAAGAAGAUUUUAUGUCACUUUAGACCAAAGUCACAUGAAAAAAUAACCCUGUAAAUUAAAAAUUAGGCAACAGUAGUUAAUUUACAUCACCAAUCAACAUGAGAUAAUAGCAUACCACACAAAUUAAUCUCUAACAAACAUUGUCAUUCUUUUUUGCAGGAGGAGCUUGAUGAAGUUGUAUCUGCCUGGAAUGACCAUGGGAUAAGAGCAACCAACAAUCCUCAGGCUCCCAGUGGUCGUCCUUCCAUAAUGCAUGCAGUCCCAAACCUUUAUAGAACACAGAAUUUCCUGCAGCCAAUUGAUGAGAUGAAGAUAGAAAUAUGUCGAGAAGACUGCUCUUUUAAGGACUAUCCUCGUGAUAAGUAUGUGUUUCACUUAUGUCUGGACCUUAUGGCUGAUGAUGUAUUAUGAAAUUGUCCAGAGAAGUAUGUUGUGUUUCUGGAACAUGUUCAUACCUGGUUUCCUCUUUAUAUUGUCUGGAUUGUACAAGUGAGACAUGGUGUUUUUAACUCUGCCAAGGAGGUUUUGUUUUCGGUAGCAUUGGUUUGUUUGUUUGUCUGUUAGCAACUUUACGGAGAAAGUUACAGACGGAUUGACCUGAAAUUUUCACCAGAGGUGCGUCUCAGCCCCAGGAGGAUCCCAUUACAUUUUGGUGGUGAUCCGGAUCGCCUUCUGGAUCCAGUAAUUUUUUGAAGGAUUCUUUAUCAUUGUGAGAUAGGGCAAAUUUAGGAAUUUUGUGCAUUUAACUCUAUAAAAAUGACCAGAGUCUUUAGUAAAAAAUUACACAAAAGGAUCUCAAUGAGUUUUAUGAGGUGUCAAAGGUUGAUCCUGAUCCAGACAAAAUUCCGGAUACUGUGAUCUAGAACACACAAAAAUAAGGGUGUCGUUGGAAUUUUCAAUGCUGAAAGAUAACCAAUGAAGACACAAGGAAGUGUACGCUUACAAAUAUUGCAUAAUAAAUCAUGCAUUUAUGUAUCUAAUAUGAGCUUUGUUGUUUUAGGAACAUUAUGAACAGUGAACAUACCAGUUUAAACACAAAUAAAAGUUAAUCAAAGACACUUAACAGUAAAAGUUUUGGUGUGAAUCACAAUAUAAGGGGGGACAUGAGCUGCUUGGCGGAGGUCUGCGCUCUUCGAGUGCUUUUCUAGUUUACAAUAAAAGCAAAGGGGUGUGUGCAAUAUGUAGAGGAAAAAAUAUCAGUCAAUUAAAUAACAGCAAAAAUCCAAUUUGUGCGUCCCUACCAUUAGAUCAAAUGCAGACUCGUAAAGGUGAUAUUUCAUUGUUAAAUUGACGUUGACAUGCACAUCCCAGCUGCUGACACAUAUCAGCCCACAGACAAACAAAUGAUGUUUUGUUGUUUUGCAUAAAUCCAUUUAUGUGAGUGAGCUCCAUGUCUCCUAUCCAGUGUUUAUUAUAUUGCUAUAUUUAAGGUGGUUGGUGCUAUAGAGGCAGAUUUAUUAUCAACAUUUCCAGCUUUUUGUUUCCACAGCGUAUUUGAAUAACUUAACUUUUUUAGUUUAAAAGGUAAAAGCACUUAUAUAUUCUAACAUUUUGCUUCUCUUAUUUUUCCUCUGAGUUAAACAACAGGUAAACUUUGCACUCAGGUCUGAUCAGAGGUCUCGAUCAGAGUCCUGUUGAGUGAUUGUUGGAGCAACACACUGAUAAUCACUGUAUGUCUGAACCCCUCCCUCCCUCUCUCUCUCUCUCUCUCUCUCUCUCUAUGUAGAUAGUGCUGCUCGCUCCACCAUCCAUUUAUCCAUAUAAGGUGUUAACCCUUUAAGACAGCAAGUCAAGAUCAGCCUGAACCUGAAAAUGACACAUCACAGACUCAACUAAACCAAGACCAGGACUAACCAGAGAGAGUCUUGCUUUUCACACUGUUCGGACUCAGUGGAUCUAGUUUAGGUGGCUCUGGAUCAAGGAUACUGAGCUGAAAGAUCAGGACUGACCUGGUCUCCCUCCUACGAUGAGAUGCAUGCUUUAAACGGGAAGUUUUUGACUGUGAUCCUGCUGACUGCUUUGCUGCUGGCGUGAGUACAAAAAUACUACAGAAACUAUCAUUACUGUUUCAGGUACAACUUUUCAGAAAGUAAAUAAUUUUUUUUAUUCAUUAAGCUCCGGAUAGUUUUAAGUUAUACCAAGAUAAUUUCCAUAAAUAGCGUGUUAUUUUAUCUGCUGCUUGACUGACGGCUGCCAGCGACAUUUUGUUGUUUCCUCUUACCAGUGCAAUGACAGUAAAGCUUCUUCCUUUAUUGUUUCCAGUGAUUAAAUAUUGUUAUUGGAAAUACAGAAAAAGAAUAAGACCUUUUUUUUUUGGAAGGUCCGACCUCUUCUUUUCAUAUCCAACUCUUUUCCUUAGAACUAUUAGUUCAAAGUCACAGUUCUUCUCAUAAUUCUGAAUAUUUUAGGAUUUUGAUUUCUUUUUUCACUUAUGACUUUCACUCCUAUAAAUAGUUUUUUUCUCAGAACUGUUUUUUUUACUUUUAUUACGAUUUUUUUUCAAUAAUCUAACUUUUCAAUGUCUCAGGACUUUGGCUUUCCCUGAAAGAAUUGUUAUUGUUUUAUGAAAAAAAAUCGACAGUUUCCUGUUUUAUAUAUUAUUUUUCCCCCUCAAAAUUUUCCCCUUUCACACUCAAUCCGUUUUUUAAUAUUUUGGGUUUUCAUCAGAAUUCUAAAUUGUCAUCUUUGAAUUUGGAGUUGUUCUCUUAUAAUUACUGAAACCUGCCGGUCAUGAGUUUUUUUUCAUAUCGAAUUUUUAAAAAUCUUUUUUUUUCAGAAACAUCUUUUCUAGAAAUCUGUUUUUUUUUUUCAUAGAUGUAAGUUUUUUUCUACCCGUUUAAUUUUUGUCCUCAAAAUUUAGAGUUUUUAUUUAGAGUUUUGACCUUUUUCUGAAGAAAUUUGAAUUUAACUCGGCACCCUAUUUCUAAAUACAUGAGAUACUCGCAGCAGAGCUGCACCACUGAAGUCAUUUACUUACCUAUAAACAAUGACUGACCAUUUAUUGUGUCUCUGUUUGAACCCACAGAGUUCUAUACUACUACCUCUCUGUGUCAUUCAGGUAACACACUCGCUCAUACACACACCUGAGGGUCCAUGUACAUAAUGUUGAAGCUCUGCUCGGUGUUUAAAGCUCCUCUCAGCAUGGAGAGCUGUGUGUUAAAGGAGAGGCCGCAGUGUCUUUCUGUGAAGGUUUUAUCAAAAUAGAAGCCACAAACCAUCUUUGAUUACUCAGCUUUUAUAAUGAUUGACUGUAUAAUAAAGGGUGAGGAUUGUGUUUGAGGAGUGUUGCACAGGUUUUAAACCAGCUUUGUUUACAUUAAAAAAAGCUCAAAUAUUUGUUUUAAUGACUUGUCUAAACUGCAUUAUAGACAUUAAAUCAUGGAUGGCAGAGAACUUUUUACAGCUCAACCAGGACAAAACUCAGGUUUUAGUCAUUGGUACAGGGGACAAGAGAGAGAAACCCCAAGCAUCAUCUUUUAAUCCAUGUCAACAGACUAAAAAAUUAGGUGUUUUUUAUUUGAUUCAGAACUAAGUUUUGAACCACACGUAGGGGAUAUCACCAAGAUGGCAUUUUAUCAUUUAAAAAACAUACCUUGAGUGCGACCGUUUCUCUCUCAAGCCAAUGCAGAAACAUUAAUUCAUGCUUUUAUCACUUGUAGAAUAGACUGCUGUAAUGCCCUCCUUUCUGGCCUCCCCAAAAAGAAUAUUUCACACCUGCAACUACUCCAAAAUUCACAGAUGCUAACAAGGACCAGAAAGAGAGAUCGCAUCACAACGAAGGUCUCUGCAUUGGCUACCUGUCUCUUUUAGAGGAUUUUAUGGUGCUUUCAUUGGUUUUUAAAGCUCUUAAUGGCUCUGGCCUAUUUAAUUUAUCUGAUCUGCUUUUACCUUAUGAGCCCACUAGAGCCCUCAGGUCUUUAGGCAGUUCUCUGUUAACCUUAUUUAAAGUUAAAACCAAGACAUACGGUGAGGCAUCUUUUUACUACUACAGCCCCCGUCUAUGGAACAGUUUACCUGAAGACCUGGGGACUACACUUAAUCUUAAUGAUUUUAAAAUAUACCUUUUCAGUCUUGCUUUUAACUAAAUUUUAUAUUAUUAACUCAACUUUGUUGAAGUGUUUUAGCAUUUAUCUCUUUCUAGUUUUAAUGACAGGAUCUUCUUUUGUUGAGCUACUCUGGUGCUCUUAUUUUAGUAUCUUUUACUUUUGUUUUUAAUUCAUUUUAUUUAUUAUUUCUUGAAUUUCAUUUUAUGUUACUUUGUGUUUAGAUUUCAACCUAACCUCCAGUGUUUCCUUGAAUUUUAAUAUGGUGUUUCCUGAGUGUGCACAUUCCUGUUUCGAGCUCUUUUCAAGUUCAUGCAUUUUGAUACAUGUUUCUGUUGUGCUUAGAUCAUGGGGUGGGAAUGAGGGGAUGGGUCGGGGUAGAUUUGGGUAUUCUUUGUUUCUUUUGUUCCUCUGCUGUGUAAAGCACUUUGUGCUACAUGGUUUUAUAUGAAAAGGAUUGUUGAUAUAUGUAAAUCAGUGUGUAUACAGGCACAAAAACAAACAGUAUAUAGGGAAAGAGACAGAGAGAGAGUUCCCACCAGGAGAAAUAUGGACUGUAACCUGAUGCUGUUAAAACUGAACAGAUAUAGACCAAUUAGUUGAACAAGCAGCAGUUAAAAAGUUAGGGUUAAGUUCUAUAUCUGAAGAAGUCUGGGAUUGUUAUGUCUGAGAGAAACUUAAGAAAAACAAGUUGAGGCUGUGCUGAUGGUGUGUUGUAUCCAGGGUCAUGAGUCUGGAUCAAGAGUUUUUUCUUCAGCUGGCCACCAAAACCCCCAAAUUAACCAGACUAACCUUAAAGAGUCUGCAUAAGCCAUUAAAUAACUACAAAACAAGACUACCUCCUAACAAAGCACCCAAAAGAUGGUUUACACAGAAAUGUAUUCAAUAGAAACCAGACCAAUUUUUUGAUGUAUAGUGUUUCUACGUUUCAGGGUCGUCGUGACCUUCGAGCAGGAACAGGAAGCAGCUGAUGGCAGGUGUGACACCCUUUGUCUUUGUGUUGAUUUGCCCUUGGUGUAGACUGACAGAUAUAUCUGCCCACCAACCUUCACUCAGGGCAGCUGUUUUACCUACUCACCUGGACCCUGUUAUAUUUGUGUGUGUGGGAGGUUAAGAGUGACUUGAAGAGAGCAAGAACUGACAUUAACCUGACUUUGAUGUACAUCGAAUAAAAAGAGGACCAGGGGUUAAACCUUUGAGGUUCCUGGUUCAUCUUCUGAAGGUCCUGGAGGCUGGUGUUUAAUGAGGGGUGGGGUGAGGUCAGCAAGUAAUGAUUUUUUUCACUGAUCUGUAAAUCAACAAUGAGUCACUGAUAAAGAAAAGUAAAAGUCCUUCAUCUUAGCUCGGACUACGGCACACCUGAGCCUUUUCAGCUCAGUGAACAUGCAAGUUCAGGUGAUUAAUGAUCUGGUUUGAUCUGUAAGCUGUCAGCAGUUCAGAUCAAAACAAAAGCAGGUCUGUAUAACAUUUGGGUUCGGGUGAGGUUCAGGUUCAGGUUCAGGUGAGGAAGGUUUACCUGUGUCAGAGUGGCAGCUGGAGCUUUGUUGCUCCUGUUUUCAUGCUUUCAGCUUUAUUGUGGCCCGGUUUAAUCUAUAAAUUCAUCUAUUUUGCCUUCAAGAUUUUGAUGUUUGUGUUGGUUAAAACAGGAUUUUGUACAGAUUUGAGUAUCACAGAAAAUAUAGAUUUCCUCAUGUAGUUCUCGAAAGGAAGACUUGCAAAUACCUGAUAUUCUGAUUGAUGACUCACUAAGUUUUAAACAGCAUUUGCUGUACCCGGUGAAAAACUGAGGCUAAAACCGUGUUCUUAUUCUCAAACCAACUUGUCUUUUUUCUCUUCAUGUAAAACAAGCACCAACUGCUUUACCCAUCGUGGACUAAGGUUAUCUCUUGUUUAUUGAUGCCCCUGCCCGUAUUUGCACAUGACUGAUAAUGCUUAUCAUACUUCUUUAUAUUGCCUGAGUUAUAUAGUCUGAUUGGUUGGCCGUCUCUGGUGACCUGUAGGCUGUAUACAUUUAUUAGGCAAUUAUUGACCUGGUCAUACACUAUCUGUGUGUUUUUAUCAAAUAGAGAAGUGCAGGACAGUAUCCAUUGCGCUCUCAGGACUUUUUUUCCUCUUUUGGGCUUUUCUGCAGCCGCAGUCUGUGAACAUAGUACCUGUAAUAGCAGAACAAAAGACACAAACCUGUUUGACCUGAAAACUCACAAGAUUACUUUUAUUGUAAAUAUUUUCACUGAUGAUUGUCUGCAGUACUUGAUAUUCAUGAUAUAUAUAUAUAUAUAUAUAUAUAUAUAUAUAUAUGUGUGUGUGUGUGUACUGCAGAUCAGCUGAGAUUGUCCAGAAGAAUCAUGUCUUCCACCUGAUGGCUCCAGACCAGUAAGUACACAGGUCAUCUUUGCUAUCUAUCACAGUUGCUUAGUCCAUUUUAAGUUUCUUAGUGAGUGACUGUGCCUUUAUUUGAAGGAUGUGUUUGUUAUGAUAGAGCAGAUUAAGCUGUAGGUUGUUUUAGGUGGCGGUGAUUCACCUCGAUGCUGGUUGUUGCCCACCAUUUUUUUAACAGUUCUCAUUAAUUAGUGUGGUUAUUGCUAUCAAGGAAAUGAAAUCCUGAAACUUGACAAGUUGGACAACGCUGCUUCAAGAGACGAUAAAACACACCAGUUACUCUACUUGACUUGAGUUACCAACUUGAGUUGACUUGAGCUAGGCUAGCUUAUCUGCUAACUUUGUUAAAUUUGGGAGAUGGGAGAAUUGCUGAUGCUCAUAUGUUAUUUCCUGUCAUUGAAUGCUAACGCUACAUCUACAGAGUCAGGAAGCUCUGGGAUCACAACUAGUAAGUUCCUUCAUGGUGAUGUUGAUGCACAGCUGUGGUAAUGCUAACCUGCAUGCGAACUAAACUAACAGUUGAUGGUUAUAUCUUGCUGCCAACCAAACCAUAUGUGUGACUGUUGCUGAGUAAGACAGACUUUAUAGUGUAUGUUUAUUCUACUCUAGUUCCCGUAUGGAUAGACUGUGGGUAACAGAGCUGUAACAUAGCUAAAGGUCCCAUAUAACAACAAACAGAUUUUUCCUCACUUUUCCAUAUUUAAGUCAUCCUCUAGCUGAGCAACUUAGAAAGGUCAGUAAUGGCCUCUGCAGUGUAGCACACUGACAGGAAAACAGGGAAACUUGAACUAGAUCCUGUGGUGAUAUAACAACAGAAAUGAUUAACAUAAGCAAAUAUUCAAAACCAUUGCUUGAGCAGCUCUACUCGCUCCUACACGAUUGUGGUUUUGCUUCAGUGCUGCUGAGUCAAGAUGUCAAGGGGUUACUUUCUGACUCAUUAACUGCUAUGUAAAUGAUUACAAAAACAAACGCAAAUGUCUGUCCUAAGACAGAAGGACCAAAGAAGUGUUUUCUUCUUGUUUUUGAGAACAAGGUGCCGGCUACAAUCAGAGUCAUUUGUUGCCACUCAAACACAUGUUGUUGUAACCACAGCUGCAACAGUUUCCUCCUUCUGCUCAGGGUCAGAUUCUGGAUCACAUGUAUAAAGUCUGGUUCUGGUUCUCCUGCAGGACUCGCCAUAUCAAUUGUGGUGUUUUCUGCCUCUGCAUCAUGAAGUUAGAAACUGAGUGGUUGCAGAUCCUCCACAGAGACUGGAUUUGUGAGAUUCUGAUGAUCUGAAUUAAAUAUGGGACCUUUUAGUUCCUGCAACCAGGCAUACAGGGACAUUUGCUAUUGGGCUACAUCUGUGUGCAUUGCUAACAGUGCUAGCACUUCAAAAAAUUGCUGCAACGGUGCAAACUAAAUUAACAGGACUGACAAUGUUGAAACUGUAUUGCUGCAUGGCUAGAACAACUAUACACAUUGAUGUAAUGUUGCUACAGUGCUAACAGUGCUAACAGUGCUUGCAGAGGAACAGCGGUAACCCUGUGAACAAAAAGCCACGGAGCUGCUGUUACAGUGUCACUUGGCUAAAACUGCUGAUAUAUCUUGAACGGUACUAACAGUGUUGGGCUAACAGUGCUAACUCUGGAGAGUUGUAUUCUGACAAUAAACAUGUUUAUCUUUCAGUCUGCUGUACAAACAGCCGAGUAUCGUGGAGGGGUGAGUGUGGCGUCCUUCCUGAUGACUUUACACAGCUGUUUAUUUUAUUGUUUGGUUGUUUGUAACAUCAUCGUGCAUUUAACUGCAGUCGGACAGACGUGGUGACAGUGACCCCGUGGUUAGCUCCUGUGGUCUGGGAGGGCACUUUUAACCCGGAUCUUCUUGACAGCAUCUACCGGCAACAGAACAUCAGCGUUGCAGCCACCGUGUUUGCUGUUGGAAAGUGAGUGUAUGGCACUGGCGUCUAUUAGGGGUGGGACAGAAUAUCCCCUGUCAUGUGAUACAAUCAUGAGUUACCGGCUACAAAUAUAUAUAUAUAUAUAUUUUUUUUUUUGCUCAACAAUAUUUUUAUUAGUUUUAUACAGAUUAUACAAAGGAAACACAUCACAAACACCCCCUUUCCCUCAUAACCCUGUCUACUGACGGAUAUUCCUAUUACUUUGCUUAAAUAAAAAAAUCUGGAGCUAAAACAAAAAUAAUAAAAAAUAAAUCAAAAAAAUACAAGAAGGUCCUGGAAUUCUGGUUUUGUAGAUCUUGAGACACAUAAGAUGUUGAGGAAUAAAAAGUAAAAAGAGAAUAAGUUAAAUGAACUACUGUACGUUAAGAGAAAAACAUAUGUAGACAAGUCGCUGAAAACUAAAAAAGUCCAAAAAAGAGAUAAGAACCGGCUACAAAUAUAAAUGCAUCAGGACCACCUUAGUCAAAGAGAAUAAGGACUUAGUUUGGAUCACAUGGCUCUUUUCUGAGAGUUCCCUGCCUUCCCAUGCGUGUAUGUGGAACACCAAUAUCUGAGGUGGGGAGAGCUCACCUCCCAAGGAAGGGAGAGCAACAAUUACUCCCAGUUUACAUAUAUGCAUCAAAUAUAACUCAAUCGACAACAAUUUAAGAUAUAUAUAUUUUUUGAUACAUUAGUUCAAUUUUAUUGUAUUGCUCUUUUGUGAGAGACCCCAGCCACUCCAGGUGUGUGUGAGGGAUGCAGAAGCCUAAGGCAGGUAGAGCACACCUCCUCUCUGUUUUAUGGGCAUACAAAAAAAAGCUAAGGCAGGGGGAGCAGCAGCAAAGACAGAGUGGGCACUAGUGACAGUCCAUAUAACAUUGGUGAAAUAAGACUCAGCAUCAAAAGGAGGAGCUGGGCAGAGGUGGGUUGCAAACAGUAGGCGGGCUAAAGCAGUUUAAUGUAAACGACUAUCUGACUAUAGAACUGGCAUUUGACAAUUGGAUGUGUUCAGGUCAUCAGUUGUAUUUGUUUCUCUGGAUGUCAUAUCUUUGGUUCUGUUUGACCUUUAGCCGUAAGGUAAUCCCUUUGACCCUCUGUUCAGGUACAUCAUGUUCCUGAAGGACUUCCUGGAGACAGCAGAGCAGCACUUCUUUGUUGGUUUUAGGGUGCACAUUUAUGUAUUCACUGAUCGGCCUGAAGAGGUCCCUAAAGUCAACAUGGCCGCCAACAGAAAGGUAACAAACACACAGCUGAAAGUCUCAUCCUGCUUGUUAUAUUACCUAGUUAUGAAUUAUUUUACCCUUACAGCUAACCGUACUUCCUGUGCCGAGCUCCAACCGCUGGCAGGAGAUCUCGGCUCGCAGGAUGGAACUGGUCCAGAAGCUGAUCAAGGAGAAACUUCAGGGAAACACUGACUACAUCUUCUGUCUGGACGUGGAUUCAAAGUUUCAUGGCCGCUGGGGAACAGAGUCAUUGGGAGGACUGGUGGCUGUGAUACACCCAGGUUAAGAAAGGAAUCAAAGUCUGAGCUCCUCGCUAAGGAGAGAAGCAUGAAUGCUAGGAAUCUCCUCAGUACUGGUGUUUGUAUUCCUGCUGCUACCUGUGUGUGUUUGAAUAUGCAUGUUUUUGUGUGUUUGUGCAGGUUAUUACUGGGAUCCCCGCAGUAAGUUCCCCUACGAGCGGAGACCGCAGUCCAGAGCCUAUGUGGCGGAGGGGGAGGGGGACUUCUACUACUGUGGUGGGGCAUUUGGGGGAAGUAUAGAAGAGGUCCACCUACUCGCCCAAACCUGCCGUUCAAACUUUGAGGCUGAUGCUGCAGAAGGCAUUGAGGCUGCCUGGCAGGAGGAAAGUCACCUGAACAGGUAAGACCUUAAACUAUGGAUACAAACACAAAGUAUAGAAAGAUAAAGGUCAACUUCUGUGGAAAUCAAUAGAUCACCUACAACAGCAGAUUCAUGCUCUGCCAUAAAAUGUCUAAAGUUCUUCUGCUCUGGCAACCUCUAGAAUAAAACUGUCUUGGACAUGUUGCAAACUGAAAUGUUUUAAAUGUUUUAUCAAUGUCUUCAGUUGUGGCUUUGUAUUAAUAAACAUCUUGUUCUCGUGUCAGAUACAUGUGGGUCAACAAGCCCAGUAAGGUUCUGUCACCUGAGUACUUAUGGCAGGACUUCAAACCCAGAAACAGUGAGAUCUACAUCAUUAGGUUCUCUGGUGUUGUCAAGAACUACGCAGACAUCCGACCCAACGUCUGAGUCCUGGUUGGACCUGAAAAGGCUGGACUGGACAGGACUGGUCUAGAUGGGACUAAAAAAUAUGGAACCAAAGGAGCCAAAGUUCUGGAGGAACAGGAUUUUAAAAAAGUCCAAAUACACUUUUCAUACUUCUGAUACUUUUGCACUAAAUGUUUACCACCUGACACUCCUAAUAUAUUUAUAUAUAUAUAUUAACACAACUGCAAAAACAUAAUCCACCCAUCUCUAACCUACCUCUUACUAAUGCUACAUGACCUCAACUGAGCAUGUGCAAAUCUUCUCAGGCUCGUCACACCUAAAAACUUUGUCUUCACGCUUCAGCUGUUUGCAUCAGCCAAAUCAAAGCCUUACACUCAAAGGUCUUUUUCUCUGAGCUUAAACCUCAGAUGUCCUACACCUUUCCCUGUGCCUGAAUGCCUCUUGGGUGGUGCUAAUACACGUCUGAAGCCUCUGUGAUGUAGACAGCAUAACAAAAUUAAAAUUAUAUAAACCAUCACCUUUAUAGAGAGAUGGACGAAUAGUUUCCACCACCUGUUGUACCAAAGUGAAACCGAAAUACCUGCUGCAGGCGCUGACAGCUUGAAUCUGUGCUGUGAGUUUGACAUGAAAUGUGAACCAUGUCCCAUCAGUUUACAUGUAGGGGGCUGGUUUUAUGGCUAGUCAGCAGGGGGAACUCUGAAUGGUUGGCUUCACAUGUUGUCCAUCCUUCUAUACAGCUUAUGUUAUGAACAUAGCUUGCUACUGUUGUUAACAACACUUAGCUAGAGCCAACAAAUAUUAGUUUGUGCUUCAUUUACCAAAGACGCAAAACAUUUGAUCCAAAGCUGAAACAACGGGACCGCAUUGUAUUCAAAACCUCUUUCUGCCUUUUUAAGUCACCAGUAAACUAUGAAAUAUGCAUGUUACAAAAAUGUCAAAUAAGGUUGCAACAGAGCAAAGAGGUUGCAAAUACUAAAACUAGCAUAUAAGCUAACUAGUUAAACUAGCUAAAGUGCAUUAGAAUGUGUUGACAAUUCUAUUUGUUCCCUUUAAAUGUGUCCACCGUAAGCCACGUCUGGCUUCCUGUGCGUUUUAGGAUUGAUUUUAAAAUGUUAUUAUUAACUUCUUUAAACGGGCUUGCUCCUUAUUUAUCUCUCUGACCUUUUAAAACCUCAUAUUUCAUCUCGGACUCUCAGAUCCUCUGACCAGUGCCUUCUGACUGUCCUUAGGUCAAGAUUAUAGUUCAGGGGUGACCGGGCUUUUUCCAUCGCUGCACCUAAGCUCUGGAAUGCCCUUCCCCUUCAUGUCCGACUGUCCCCCUCACUGCCUGUUUUUAAAUCAAAUUUGAAAACGCACUUUUACUCCCUGGCUUUUAACUCCUGAGAACUUGGCCUUUUAAUCAUGUUUUUACUGAACCAUCUAUGUCCCCCUGGUUUUAACGUGCUCCUGUGUCUUGUUUUAUUGUUCAUGUUAAUUGUCUGGCUCUUUUUAUUUUGUUUUUAAUUUUACUGUACAGCACUUUAGUCAGCGCUUUGUUUUUAAAUGUGCUGUAUAAACAAACCGGGAUUGGGUUGGAUUGGAUCUACCUAAUAUGUAUUCAAUGUAAGCUUUCUUACUCUAAAUCAUGUGACUGCCCUUCGUGUUUAAGUCUAAAAUCAAUCUUAAAUCAUCCAGUUAUAAAAACAAUGCCUGAGUAAAAAAGGUUUAAAAUUUACAGUGCUUAUCAUGAACUAAAGAUUGUUUUUGUCCUUUAGCUUUCUUAUUUUUCUCCAUCGUUGUGGACUUGAUAAUUACCAAGCUUACCUUUUAAAUCAGGGAUCUUUACGGGUGCUGGUAGGUGGAGUUUGUUACCAAAGCUGAGUUAGCUGUCUCCUUGUAUCCUGACAUCUUCAUGUAGACUUAAAAGUAUUGAAGAUAUAUGACUAAGUUAGUGUGUUUAAAACAUGCAACAUAUAAUCCUUUAAUAUUUAAGAAUUUAAUCAAGUUAUCUAUCAGGUGAGCGCUCAGGUGGACUCUGUGUGUGAUUAUGUGUCUAAGUCAAAGAGCUUCCAUAACUUUAAUGCUGUUAAAAUCUCUGACUGCCUCUGAGGUGUGUCCUCCACUGAUGCAAUAAAUACAGUAUGUGAAAUCA